AUGACUUACCGAUCUCGUUGGUCGGUUGACAUCCCCGAAUGCUCGUUUCCGACCUUUGUGUUCGGCGACGCAAAGGCCGACCUGGGCUCAGAGCCAUGCUUCUUGGAUGCGUCCCAUCCAGGUGAGCGUUUGUUAACAAGAAGUUCGUUCAAGCUAUGGUCGCAGAGGCUGGCGAUCGGGCUGCGGAGGCACGCACAUUUUCAGGAUGGAGAUCGAGUGGUGGUCUUUUCCGGCAACUCGUUGGCGGUGCCAGUGGCCUUCUUCGGUAUUGUCAUGGCGGGAGGUGUCUUCUCGGGCGCAAACCCCAGCCACACGGCGAGGGAGCUUGCGCAUCAACUCCGCGAUUCUGGGGCUAGUGUUGUGCUCUGCGCAGACGUUCUUGUCCAGACGGCUCUCGAGGCGGCCAAGCUGUGCGAUCUAGACCCCAGUCGAAUUUUCCUGCUCAACGACACUCUUUUCUGGGAGGCUGAUCCGAAUGAGAGGGAACCUGUCACACAAGGGUGCAGAAGCUGGGACGCCCUGAUGGCACCGGAAGUGAAAGCGAGGAAUUAUGCCUGGCCGACGUUAGAUGGACCUGGAGACUGCGACAAGACCAUCGCGCUCAACUAUUCCUCCGGUACCACGGGGAUGGCGAAGGGCGUGGAGAUCACCCACCGCAAUUAUGUGGCCAACACGUUGCAACUCAACUUCCUCAGCACGCUCUGGCCCGACCACCGCGAGCGAACCCAAAAGGCCAGGUGGCUCUGCUACUUGCCAUUGUAUCAUGCCCUGGCUCAGACCCUCUAUAUCGCUUGUGGCUUGCAGCGAAAGAUCCCAGUCUAUCUCAUGGCCAAGUUCUACCUAUUGGAGGUCUUGAACAACGUCCAACGAUUUCGAAUCACGGACCUCGCCCUCGUUCCGCCGAUUGCCGUGGCCCUGGUGAAGCACCCUGCGACCAGGACCUUUGAUCUGAGCUCCAUUUCGGCCGUGACCUGUGGCGCCGCGCCCUUGAGCCGAGAUAUUUGUCAACGGCUGGAGAAGGUCUGGGACGGCAAAGUCAACGUAAAGCAGGGCUGGGGCAUGACCGAAGUGACGAGCUCGCUGUUGGGAUGGGACCCAACGCAAUACUCCAACUCCAGCGGGGUGGGUGAGCUCAAUCCCAAUUGCGAAGCCCGGAUCAUGCAGGUGGUGGAGAAGUCGGAUGGCACCGAGGAAUUCAUCCCUGUCACGCAGCGUGGGCCGGAUCACACCGGGGAGCUGUGGGUUCGCGGUCCCAAUGUCAUGAAAGGAUACUGGCGGAAUCCAUCGGCGACGGCGAACACUUUCGUGGAAGACCGCGAAGGCCGGUGGCUGAGGACCGGGGACGUGGCCUACGUCGACCACACGGGGUGUUUCUUUAUCGUCGACAGGAUCAAAGAGCUCAUCAAAGUCAAGGGCAAUCAAGUGGCCCCCGCCGAGCUCGAGGCUCUCAUUCUUGAGCACCCGGACGUGGUAGAUGUGGCGGUGAUAGGCAAGUUGACCGAAGAGGGUGAUGAGAAGCCAUGCGCCUUUGUGCAGAAGCGACCGGGCGCGACGAUCACCAGCAAAGACAUUGAAGAAUUGGUGAGACACAGGACGGCCAGAUUCAAGUGGCUGGCUGGCGGGGUUCACUGGAUUGACGCAGUUCCGAAGAACCCAUCAGGCAAGAUCCUGCGGCGGCACUUAAGGGACCUGGCUAGACAAAAGCCAAGUGCGGAAAGACUAUAG